UGUCACGAACUGUCAUCAUCUCAUUUUGGAGCCAUGGCGACCGAAUUGGCCACUGACGAUUGGCAUACGAUCGAGCUACGCAUACCCUUUGUGUCUGAGAAGCACGCGAAAAUAGCGAAGCAAACACUCGAGGUAGACCGAGAGCUGCAGCCGCAAUCUGUGAAGCGCAUAUUGGAGGUGGACGGGAGGUACCUCGUCACAACAUACAAGACUCUGACUGUACGGCUGGCGAGAUUAACAGCGAACUCAUUUCUAGAAAAUGUAGACCUGGUCGUCCGCACAUUAGGGGAGUUCGGCGAGGAAGCGGAGCGCCGACCAUAGCGAAGCAGGCAGUCGAAAUCGAAUGAACAUGUACUUCUAACCCAGAACCUUCAUCGAGGCGAC